UUGUUGUGGGUGACGGCCGCCAUUUUGUGGCGGAGCGGCUGCAGGGAGACGGUGGGAUAGGUACUCGCUCCUCGUCAGGGAGAGAGAGAGAAACCAUGGCCCAGGCUCGGGCCUACACCUUCCCCAACCACCGCAAGAAGCAGCAGAACAACAACAACAAGAAGAAGGAGGAUGAUAAGAAGAAGGUGGUGGAGCUGUUAGUUUUCGGUUACGCCUGUAAGCUGUUCCGGGAGGACGACAAGGCCCAGUUCCACGAGCAAGGCAAGCACCUCAUCCCCUGGAUGGGAGACCCGGCCCUCCUCAUCGAUAGGUAUGAUUGUCGGGGUCACUUAAACGACCUCUCAGAAUGUGAUGCUGAGUACACUUGGAACAGAGAUUAUCAGUUAUCGGAAGAGGAGGCGAGGAUUGAUGCUCUUUGUGAUGAAGAGAGGUAUUUAGCCUUGCAUACGGACUUGCUUGAGGAGGAGGCAAGGCAAGAGGAAGAAUAUAGACGUCUGAAUGAGGCUUUAGCUGAGGAUGGCAUCUAUAAUGCGGUUGGGUUUGCUUAUAGCAGUGAUUAUUAUGAUCCAUCGCAACCAACAGAAGAAGAAGAACUGGCUAAAACGGAUGGCGAGAUUGAUGAUAAUGCAGAAGAGAAUGAGGAACCGUACACUGCUCCUCCUGGGCUACUUGUCCCUUCUGACGUUGAAGUUCCUGCGACAUCCAAAAUGCAUGCCAUCAUUGAACGUACAGCAAAGUUUGUCUGCAAGCAGGGCACACAGUUUGAAAUCAUGCUUAAAGCUAAACAAGCCCGGAAUUCUCAAUUUGAUUUUCUGCGGUUUGAUCACUAUCUAAAUCCAUACUACAAGCACAUCCUCAAAACAAUGAAAGAUGGGAAAUAUGUUGUUCAGGCAGAAAAAAGAGGCGAAGAGAAAAAGAAAUCUGUAACAGAAUCAGGUGACGAUGAUGAUGAUGACAAUGAUGGCUGUUAUCUCCAUCCUAGUCUUUUUGCUUCUAAAAGUAACUCGAGGUUGGAAGAGCUCACAAGGCCUUUGAAAGUAAUGGAUCCAGACCAUCCUCUCGCAGCUUUAGUACGCAAAGUACAAGCAGAUGCCAAAAAUGUGCAAAAACAGCAAGAAUCUAACAACUCAGAAGCAGCAGCAGCCACGGUAGAAUACACUGCUGCAGAUUCAGCAGUAACAACCAUGUAUUAUGGAUAUUACAUGAUGCCUGAUGGUACAUACUGUCUAACACCACCACCACCAGGAAUGGAAGUUUCUGGUUAUUAUAGCACCUUAUCUUCAGAAAUGGCUGUGCCAACUACAACAGGGGCAUCUGUAUCAACAUCAUCCGGAACCGCAUCUCCUCCACACUCGGAAGGUGACAGCACUAAUACCAAGGCUUCCUCUUCUACAGUUACAGUCAGUGCCCCGACUGUAGUUCCUGUCAUUAUUCCUCCUCCACCUGAUAUUCAACCAGUUAUUGACAAGCUGGCUGAAUAUGUAGCCAGGAAUGGAACCAAAUUUGAAACCAGUGUAAGAGACAAGAAUGAUACACGGUUUGAAUUCCUCCAGCCCUGGCACCAGUACAAUGCGUAUUAUGAGUUCAAGAAGCAGUACUUCUCUCAAAAAGAAGGUUGCAGUAUUCCACAGGAGACUGCAGCAUCAAGCACUCUUGUAUGUUCUGAAAGCAACACAACGGAUGUCUUACAGUUUGAAGCACAGCAGGAAGUAACCGAUACAAGUAUAUCUAGUGUUAUGAUGACCCAAACAGACUGCACCCUUUCUACUGAUAAGGCUAUUAGUGAUGGAAAACUAAUAAAAGCAUCUUUUGCACCAAUAUGUUUUGCAAUAAAAGCAAAAGAAAACGACAUGCUCCCUCUUGAGAAAAAGCGAGUGAAACUUGAUGAUGAUAGUGAUGAGGACCAUGAUGUACAGGAAGCGUCCAACAUGGAGUCAACUAAAGAUAUAGCUUCUUCCCUUCCUCCAGAGGAGAAAAAACCCCAGCUUACUGCAGAAGAAAUAGAAGCUAAGCAAGCCAAGCAGAAGCUGGAGGACAGACUGGCAGCAGCAGCAAGGGAGAAGCUUGCGCAGGCUUCAAAAGAGUGCAAAGAAAGGCAGCUACAGGCAGAACGCAAAAAGAGAGCAGCACUUUUCCUACAAAAUUUGAAAACUCCCACAACCUCAGGAGAUUUGGAAGCAAUAACUAUGGAAGAAAGCUCCCAAAGUAUGCAGAUUGACAACAGUGAAGUGUUUUCCGCUAAAUUUCAUCAAAGACUCAUCACAAAGAUAAGCCCAGAAGUGGGAGGCCGUUCAGCCCAUCUAGCUCAUCCUGCUAUAGAAACCUACCGUCCUUCUAAUGCAACAUCUAACUGUCUCCUGAAUGAUUCUGCCUCUACUACCCUGCCCAGAAGAUCAAUUCAGGUUGCCAAUGAAAUUUCUCAGAAAAUUGCCGCAGCAGCAGAAGCCAAUACUUCUCAGCAAAUUUCAACAAAAAGUGUAAGAUCUUCAAAAGAUAGAGAGAAGAAGAAAGAGAAGAAGCACAGGAAGAAAUCUCGUUCUCGAUCUCGGUCGCGUCCUAGAUACCGAUUGAGGUCGAGAUCAAGAUCAACAUCGAGGUCAAGAUCUAGGUCACGGUCGAAAGCAAAACACUCACUGCCCAGCGCUUAUAGAAGUGUCAGGCAUUCAAGAUCAAGAUCACCUCAUGGAAGGAGAGUUCAGGCUUCAGAGAGACGGCGGGAUGAGCGAGAGAGAGACCGAAAUGUUCCCAGUGCCUAUCGAGUUGGUAACAGCUCUGAUAUAAGUAGCAGAAAAAGAUCACGGUCUCCAUAUGAAAAGAAGAAGAAAAAGAGUUCAAAAUCUCAUCCCAAGUUAAAAGAAAAAUCUUUACGUUCACGCUCACGAUCUUUAUCACCAAAAAAGUCAAGUGUAAAAUCUUCAGCAAGAAGUUCAGCACACUCAAACAGCUUGUCUCCAGCAGAGAGCAGAGGUUCCAGUCAGGAUCAGUCAAGGGAGAACCUAGAAAGAAAGACUGAAAACUUGGAAACAGAUUUUAGAAGAUUGGAUGGCAGACCUCGACGCAGACAGGAAUACCAACCUGUGCAGCACCAGACAUGCCAUGAGAUAACUUCAUUUGAAGAAUGGAGAAGACCCUACCAGAGGGGCGGCUCUCAGGAAAAGGAUGAAACAGCAUCUCCAGAAUUGUUAUCAUCAAUGCAGAGUAAAAUAACUCAGGAUCUAAUGGCCAAAGUGAGAGAAAUGCUGGCUUCUUCAAAAGAUGUGCAAAGUAAUGUGUCAUGAACAAAAACAUUUGGGCCCCGUAAGAACACAUGGAUCCGAAGUGGCUUCACAAGAAGUUUGGCCUGCCUUGUUGCAAGAACGUAUUUAUUUUGACAAUUUGGGCAGCAUUCAACUUUGGCAAAAGCUGUUUUGUAUAGCUCAUUUUGAUAAGUAUGGUUUGAACUGAGACCUUAUUCUGUUAUUACUGUUUUGCAAUUUCCCUCUCCCGUUCUUGAAUGCAGCAAACUCUCCAAGUGCUCUGGGACGUCUGAAUUUCCAGCAACAUCUCUGAAUAUUUGGGGGUGUACUUUGUAUUGAGCACCAGAAACUCACUGUCUACAAUCAUUUGUGAUUACCAGACAGAAGCUUAGCUUAUCCUUCUGUGAAGGAGUUUUACUACUUGAUUUCUACAAAGAUGAGGUAACAUCUCAUUUUGUAAAUUUGAAGAGUUCUACCAAUGUAAAUCUUUGUUAGCAACUUUUUGGGGUUUCAGCCUUGAGAGAGAAUGCACACACUGGUCUUGAAGAUCAGUAGUAGCACGGCAGAGCAUAAUAUCAACAUUACCUAUGAUACAGUGUGUAUCAGCCAUUUUCUGAAAACAGUGCAUUUAUUUAAACAACUGCGUAUAUAAAUUUACUUUAAUUCACACUUUAAAGAUUUUGUGAGAGGGCUCCAGUACAAUUUUCAACCACAGAGAUUUAAAAUUAUUGAAUUAUUAAUGGUAAUUUAUUUCUUAGGAAUAAUGAUUAAAUGUUUAUUUGUAGAAAGCGCUCACUUUUAAUCUACUUGAGAAAAGUAUUUUUCAAGUUACUGCUCAGUUAGUGCUUGGUGUUUUAAAAAAUUGGCUAUUUUGGCAUUGUCACAGCCUGUUAAUUCACUGUCCCACCAUGUUGAUGCUAUUACAAUUCACAGUUGCAGUGAUGUGACCUGACACAAGUUUAGAGGAAGGUUUGAUCUCAUACAGGGUAAACGUGAUUUAUAUGAUUGCAUUUUUGGUAAAGAAAGUAUUAAAUAAUGUUCUGCUCACUGUGGCACAGUAGUGACAUGCCUCACUGCUUAUUUGGCUUAUAUUUUUCUGCUAAUGGAUGCUCUGUACUUUGCAUCAUUAGCCUUUGCUCUGUAUUCAUUAGAGCUGGAUCAGUAUUACAUCCAUGCCACUUGGCUCAUUUACUUUCUUGUAAACCUGUUAACUGCCUGUACCAUGACAGCAACAUAACAUCGUAUUUUCUUUUAAAGUGCGUGGUUUACUUUUGGCUUGCUUUAUUACAUGCCAUAUCAUUGCAAAGAUACAGCAAUAUCGAUCUCUGAGAAUUUAAGCUAGAGUUAACACUUCUUUGUUACCACCUAUAGUUUCUUUCACCCAAGCAUCUGUUUCUUGAUGCUGCCAAAUUCUCAGAGUAGACAUCCAUUUAAUUUAUGAAGACUGUUCUUUCUGAGCUGGUUCAAUAUCCUUUGAUUUGUUUCUUCUAAUACCCAUGCCCUUUGUGUAAACUCUUCAGAUUUCAGAAGUUUCUCCACUAUCACUAUUGGGCAUCUAGGUGAUUGCAAAUGUUGAUUGUAUGAUGUUUUUGCCAAGCCUUCUGAGGAAGUUUAAAGAAUGAGCUCCCAUUUUCACAUACAAGAGGUAAUCAGGGAAAAUUCAGAUCCAAAGGAAAGAGAGACUAAGAUUAUGUCACAUCUUGAUGCUUGCAGGAAAUUGAAAAACUAAAACCACCUUGCAUUCCAAAGUAAACUCAUUGCAUCACUAAGUAAACAUCUGAAAGUGCACUAAGAGUAUAUGGUUUAUGUGUUGGCAGUGGAUUGGCAGAACUCCAGUAAUCUGGGUAUUUAAUAUAGUAGAUUCUUCUUUCAUAGUUAAUCCAUUAGUUUUGAAUUUAUUUGAAAAAAAAAUAGACUGAACUGUAAUUGAAUCUCACUGUUACUAGCCUCAUCCUGUUGAAAACCUUGUACAGGAAAUUGCUGGGCCAGCUUUCUGAAAUUAAACACACGUAUAAUGUAAGUUAUUUUUAAAUGAGUUAAUAUAAGCAUAUUUGGCUCCUUAAUUUUGUGAUUCCUAGAUUACAACUAACUGAAUAAAGAGGGUGAUAUAUCAGUAGGAUAGUAUAACACUUAUUGACGUUGGAACCUAAGGUGAGAAUUACAGGUGGGACUUGUUUAACCUCUCAAAGAAUGCCUAUGGUUCUUAAGACAUGGUUCUUCAAUCAUCUGGGAUGGUGGUAGAGAAGGUAGAAUACAUACUUUUGUCACCUGGCUUACAAAGAAUAGUACAUCAGAAGUGAGUUACCACCAGUCAGUGUUUGUGGAAAAAAAAACUUGGGGGGAGCAACAGUGUUGAUUCAAGCUGUAUUGUAAUGGCAGUAUAUCAUAAGUUUUCAUCCGAUAACUUGUACCUAAUCCAUUCCCACAGCCCUAGUCGUGUCUCAAUACCACUGAAACAUUUGAGUUCGAUUAAAAGUUUGACUAUAAUUGCCUUAUAUUUUGUAAAGUAAAGAAUUUAGUUUUUGAAUUCCAUACUGAAACUACUAUAUUUAUUUACAGGGUUUUUAUUUUUAAGAGUCAAGUUUAUGCAUAAUUACUCGUUUAUUUCUCUGUAUAAGCCAGAGCAGUACUAUUGUCUCUGCUUAUUCAAAAGUACCACAGGUUCACAAUGCAUUUGUACUUAGUCAUUAGACUCUUGGGACAUGCAAAGUAUUUAUCAAAGAUUCAUUCUAUGUUACCCCUCCAAUAUAAUUCCCUCAGUAUUUUUUAAGUUUAUUUUGUGUUCUUUCAUUUAUGUACUGCAAGGAGAAAAUUCCAAUGGGAUUUCCUGUUAAUACUAAAACACAUUAACAGGGAGGUUUGUUCGGCUGCAGAUGAAAUUCAUGAGAGUGCUUUUAAUUCUGAGAGAGUACUCUAAUGAGACUAAAAUUCUGAUCUCAUGCUUCAACAGGACUAAAUCCAGGAUCACAUUAAAAGCUAGCUUUUUUUCUAACAUGUUUUAUGAUUUCAAAAAUGCUAAUGCAUCAAUAAAUUUCACAAUUUGAUUUUAUUUUUACUGUCAGUCUCUUGGAUGAGUCUCUCAGGAAAACUGCAAAAUGAAUUAACCACCUCAUUAUAAACUGUUCAGAAAAAAACACACCAUUCAUAUCAUUGAGGAUGCAACCCCUCAAAGUAAGGGUGCUAUGCAUGUGGGACUCAUUCAUCUGUAAUUACAAGUUUAUUGCGUAAUAGCAUACACAUUCACUCAUGUUUGGUGAGCCCUAAAACUGCUUGGCAUCAUUAUUUUGGGAAGUGUUGUGACUCCCAUGAACAUCGAAACAAACAGGAGCCUUUUUACGGAGCAAGGAAAAAGAUUUGGGGCAAACCUCCACGUCAUGCGCAUAGCACUGAAGUGUAUCUAUAAAAGAAAGAAAAGAAUUUGUGUUUGAUAGCAUCUUAAUCUCAUUUUAAAUAGCCGAAGCAUUUCAUGUAAUGAAGUGGGGUCAGUUUUAUAUGCAAAUGCAGCAACCAGUUGCACACAGCAAUAAGAUGAAUAGCCAAUCAAUCUGUUUAAGUGGCUUGCAACUUGUAAAAUGUAAUACAUCCAUAUUCAUAAUGUUUGGUAUUUGCCCUUGUCUUUUCUGUUAUAUAGUUAUGUUUCCUAUAGUUCUGUUCUCCUUCUACUUUCCACCCCACCCUUCCCUCAUUUGUGGUUGCAAUAUGAGGUUUGGAGCCCUAUCAAAGAUGGGUAUACUUACGAAUUGUAAAUAAAUUACUUUUAUUGACUUGC